CGUACUCUACCGUCAACUUGAAACAGUUUCACUUUUCCUGAGCUUCCAAAUAUUCUCCCGGAAAAAAGUUACGUAAGAUCCCUAAUGAGGCCCGUAACCCUCAUUAUUGCCGCGGCGGCGUUGUCCAUCGUGAUCAACUUUUCGAUGGGAACUUCUCUUGACCCAUCGGAUCCUUCACGGUUCAAAAUCUACACUCUGGAACCCCCGCUUGCAAGGCCAUGCGACUUGUGCAAGGGUCCUGACAACGGCCUCUGGGGAAUAGACAUAGCGAACCCGUAUGUCUUCCGACUGGAUCCGGUCACUGGAAAAGUCGACUACUACGUUAUCCCAUUCACCUCCCCAUCGUCCAACUUCAGUUUACCACCGGAAGUCGGGAAACUAGUCGGACGGCUUGAAUUUGGCUGCGGCAUUCGACCCGGAUAUAACGGUCGCGUCUAUUUCGUGACCGGCUUCCGCGGGCAGCUCGGCGAAAUCGACGUUUGGAAUCGGACGGUGAAAAUCGUGACUCCUUUCAACCUGCUCGCGAAUCUGGAGCCGAUCAACGAUCUCUACGCCUCGUAUACCGGAGUGUACUUCACCCUGACCACCGGCAACAAGAUAGCAUUCUUUUCACACGCGACCAGGGAAGUCAUUUACUACACCGUGCCGACCCCCGGCUCCCUCCCGCUAGCUAUCUACGUCGCCUCGGACGGAUUCGUAUAUUUUACCGAGGUGGCGGCUGGCAAAGUCGGCAUGCUGAACCCCGAGACUGGCGAGAUCAGAGAGUUCUUCUUCGGGAUACAAGGAUCAGAAAUCCGCGCUGAGACACCCUCGGGUAAAAAACACCCGUUCAUUUGGAUCACGACAGCUCUACUGAAUGGCGUCGCUCGCUUCGACCCGAACACCGGUCGGAUAGAGCAUUUCCAAAAUCCGUUGAUCUUGGGAUUGACCUCCGAGGACACAGUCGAUGGAUGCGAAGUUGUUUGGGUCUCGUCCAUCCCGCAUAAUGCUUUGAUCAGCGUCAACUCUAAGACCGGACGUGUGAGCUAUGUCACCAUCCCGGACACGGUUACUCUGGAGCCGGUCAGCGUCCCGCCUUUCGUCGUGUUCGCCGUCAACUACGGGCCCGGCAAUGCGAUUUGGUUCAACAAGGUGGCGUUCAACCAGGUCGGCUCGUACGCUUUGGACGCCAACUGCAGUAUGAAUGAAGAUGAUAGCUAUUACGGUACGAGAUAAAGGAUCUCAUUCAGAAAGCUCCCGCACAUAGUAAUUUCUGUGACUAUUUAAUACGCCUCAAACGUGAAUUGAAACUGGGUGCCUGAGUUUUGUUGGACGUCAAGCAAACUACCGUUUUCCGUCGAUUUUAUUCAUAGGUAACACGUUCUGCUAUUAAGGCUUAAACUAAUGUUUUGUAAAUCAAACGUUAUGCUUGAAAUCAUUUUGUUCACAUUUGCGUAUUUUAUUAUGCGGCUUAUUCCCAGUUCUCUAAAAUGAGUUGAAAUACUGCCCAAUUUUUAUUUAAAACGGUCCAAUUCUUUUGUUUCAAAAUUAUUAUAGGUAAAAGUUUUUUGUUCAGAAAUUUUCAUCUCUAAUUUUGAACUUCGAAACAGAGAUAAUAUUUCAAAAAAAAUGUCUGAUAUGACAUCUCAAUAAUCUCAUUCUUUUACGAAUGUUCGUCUAAGAAUCAAACAAAAAAUUAAUUUAUAAUUGCGGCAAUUUUUAUUUAAGUUUACUGGUCGAAAGGGAAUUCGUAGUUUAACCAGUUAUACCUCUGGAGCCACGUGAAUCACGUGAUCUACUAAAAA